AGUUCUGUUCAGUGCAUUAUCUUGUCGGAACAACUAGGAUCUUCUACUAGAUACUACUAGAUACUUUUGUGGCCUAAGUUUCUGCAUUGCUUAGAAAACGGUGGUGCCAUUGUUCGCAAAGAAAGCGGAAACGGCUUCGUCCGCAGCAAGAGUUGGUGGAGGACCGCUGAAGACUUUCACCCCGUUAUUGAUUGGUUGGCAAAGGCAGAUAUUGGCCGUGGGUUCGCGACGUCAGCGCCGAAAAAGCGAAAGCUUGCGCAAGAGAGAGAGAGAGACCGCGAGCGAGAAAGGGCGAAUCAGGUGCACUGCGGCGAACGUGUCGGAGCGAGACAGCGCACGGCUAGACGGCGGCACUGCAAGUCGGAAAAAUGUCUACCAACGGAGGCGAAACGUUCGUGGUGCUUCCGCCGUGCACUGAGUCCGCCCGGAAGCAGAUUAUUUUCGGGCGCAAUGGUACCGGAUCGGGCGACGAUGUGAGCGAGGUUGUCUACGUGCCGGCCGAAACCGGUAGCGAGCCAGUGUCCUUGCCGAAUGGCUGUGAAAUCGAGGGAGCGACCAGCUACGCGGUGAUCCUCAAUAAACCAGCUGGUAGCUGGGGAGCUGAGAGUGGGUCCAACGAGAAAGCGGUCACUAUCGGACUUUCGUACAGCGAGGGAGCCACUGAGGAGGGCAAAGUGUCCGCCCUAGAUUUGGUACGCCUGGGACUGGAGCGCAGCGAGAGUGCGUCCGGCGCGAUCGACACGAUGGUGGGGCUAGUGGAAAGGUAUGGCAGUGAGGACCGGAACGCACUGAAGGCAGCGUUCGUGAUUUGUGAUCCCGCGGCCGUAUGGUUGCUGAAUGUGGCAGGACACUUUUGGGCGGCGAAACAGGUCCAAGAGACGAGCAUAGCGUUGGCAGCGAAUGGCUUCACGAUCGGAAGCCCGUUCGAUCGUAGCACGGAAGGGUUAGCUGACGCCGCAAAGGAUGCCGGUGCGUGGGACGGGUCGGGUGAGUUUAGUUUUAGUGCAGCGUUCGGAGGUAGUCCGGAUGACGCAGCCACGCGAUCGUGGCCCGCAAACGAACCGGGUGCCGAGGGAGCUUUCGGGUUGAAGCAAAUGUUUGAAUGUUUACGAGCGAGCGGCUCAUCGACCGGUUCCAGUCAGGUGUCGGUACUAACCGGAGACGGUGAGUUGCCGUGCCACUGGUUCACAGCUACACCGCUGGCCGAAGAAUCCGUUUUUAAGCCGUUCAUAUUUACGGCGGGCGCGAAAAUUUCGCCCCUCACACGAGUGCCGGAAGGUGAAACGCAAACGCUACUCCACCGUCUGCACAGCAACCGGAAGUGGGAAGCAGUCGGAAGCCUGCUUAGCUCACUGGAGGAUACGUGCGUGGAUGAAGUGAACCGGUUCUUGGGCGAACACUCGGGCGAACCGAGUCAGGAACUGGAUGAACUGAUGAAAGACUGCGUCGAGGCGGAGGUGAAGUUCUACCGUUAGAGAGAGUCAGGCUGUAAUCGAUCGAAAGGUGGAACGCAUCAGCACAAAUUGACAAUGGCACGAUAUUUGGACAAAACCAACCCUUUGGCAAGUUCCGUAGUAACGACAAGGGGGAAGGAUGUAUACUAUUUUCUGUCUGUGUUUCCGGCAAAGAAAUGAAUUCCCCGGGAUGCGGAGCCGCAAAGGCAAGCGGUUCACCACGUAACGCUUCUAAGGGCUGAAUGGUUCGGCUGAGACAACAUUUCUCCAUAGAUACCCCGAAAACCCAGGAUGGAAUGGAAUUCUGUUUUAUGUGAUCUUAUUUUUCGUUUGUUCGUAAUGUCCUCGUGUGUGUGUUUUGUGUGGAUCGUUUGUGUUUAUGUAUGUUUUACCCGCUUAAGCAGUUCCUUGUUUCGUUGCAGAUCUCUAAGACUAAGAACGGCUCAUAGUUUUGUUAACUUUCUCAUAGCAUUAAGAAGAAACGGAAGCAGCAGUGGACAUGAUAUCUCUCGAUUGCGUAGAUUAAUCUGAUCUUUUCUAUUUUUCGACCUUAUUGCACUAAAAAGAAUUCUAAAGUACCAGCUUCUUCCACAGAAAUAACUUCUGGCAAUAGUUUGACAAAGUCGAUUUCAUAAGAUUUCCCCUUAGAACUGGCAUUAUCCGUGUUUCAUAACAUUUUUAAGGUUGAUUUCAUCGCUUCGCUUCCGAUGUAUUCUCGCCAUUUAUGUUGGCUGUAUUGUGAUCUUUCACGAAAGUAUUCCAUUAUCAUCACUGCUCCAAGUGAUACGUAUGCUGUUUGGACUGUUUUGCAUUUGUUUAUGAAAAUGAAAUUAUUCCCACUUGGCGCGUUUUCUAGGAAAAAUUGCGUGUAUCACCCAGUACCGCGUUUCUCAUUCCAGUGAUAAGUUAUAAAGUAUACAACGUACUGCAUUCCUUCGAACGGAUAACAGGCAUUUUUUGUCACACUCACCACGGAAACGACGAUAAAUCUCUCCCAUUAACCGACACGUAGACGAACGGGGAAGCCGCAAGUUAUCCUAUACGUAUUAUAUCCAAACAUUGAUAGAAGCUGCAAAAGGCUUGGCAGAAUAAUAGUGCUACCGCAAAUCUCCAGGUCUCGAAAGAAAAACCAACCAUUACAAUAUUGUAACCCAAUGUUGGGGCUGGGCGCGUUGGCGAACACGAUCAAUAGAGAACAAUAACUGGUAGGAGACGCAACGCAGGGUACGCCAGGCCACGCAACCGGUUUUGCCUGGAACCCGCCCAAAUUGGGAAAACAAAUACGAACCUCCCCAACAAAGCACCCAUUUAUCUUCAUUAUUUAAGCUGCCUGCUGGACGGUGAUCGUGCGAAGCAUCAAGAUCGUCUUCAUAAUGAACCAAAUAAUAAUAAUACUAGUA